AUGCAAGACCCCGCGUUUCCCACCGGCUCCCGGUUGUCCCCCAGCCCCCCGAGGAAGAGGACGCGGCUGUGGCGGCAGCGACGGCCUCGCGCCGUGUUCAGCGCACAACAGCUGCGGGUCCUGGAGGAAUUCUUUGAGGGGAAACCCUACGGGACCUAUGAGGAACGCGAGACCCUGGCGGCCAGGCUGAACCUGCAGGAGGACCAAGUGAGGGUGUGGCUCAAGAACCGCAGGGCCAAGGAGCAACGGUUGCAGCGACUGCGCAAGCAGCAAGGCCAGGGAGCCCAGGCUGCGCCCCAGGAACUGGCAGCCUGCGCCCCUCAGCCCGCGCCUGUGCCCUCCCUUGCAGGCCCUGCGUCCCAGCAGGACCCUUUGCUCCCUGCCAGCCCUGUGCUGCCAGCCAUUCCUGUGCGCCCUGAGGAGCCAGUGUUCCCCGCAGGCCCUGGGCUCCCCGCUGGCCCUGUGUUCCCGGCCAGUCGUGUGCUGCCGGCGGGUCGUGUGUUCCCAGCCGGCUCCGUGCUCCCCGCAGGCCCUGGGCUCCCCGCCGGCCCUGUGUUCCCAGGCGGUCCUGUGCUCCCGGCGGGUCCAGUGCUCCCUGCCGGCUUUGUGCUCCUCGCUGGCCCUGUGCUCCCCACCAGCCCUGCGCUCCCCGCUGCCCACGUGCACCACGGGGGCCCGGCUUUCGGCAGCCUCCCUCUGCACAGACCCUUGCAGGUCUUCGCAUCAGCAGAUGCCAGCGCCUCCAGCUACAGCCAAGCCUGCUGCGAUGCUGCGCAAGGCGUCCAGGGCACGGUCCCCCCUGCACCUGCUCCCGCUCCUGCUCUGGCUCCAUCCGAGGCCACAGUCUCGCCUCAAGGCCCCGACGAAGCCGGGCAUUUCUCUCCAGAACCUGAUUCCACAGACCUGCUCUCACCCUAUUGCUCCGCAGAGGAGCCCUUCUCCUCCCCCAGGCCCUGGUACGCCUUGGUGGCUGACAGCAUACGACUCUGUGACUGA